AUGGUCAAAUCAGCCUUGGUGGUGAUCGACCUCCAGGAAGAUUUUCUUCCCCCCUCUGGCUCGCUUGCAGUAGAAGACGGGCGCUCCAUCGUCGAUGGCAUUGUGGAAUUGCUUGAUUUGGCAAAAUUCCCUUGGACUUUUGUCGCCGCUACGCACGACUGGCACCCUAAGGACCACAUUCUGUUUGCUUCCCAGCACAAGGCAGAACCUUAUUCUCAAGUCCAGUUGCCCCACCCUCUCGGACAGAAAACCAGCACUGGGCUCGUAGAAACAAGAGAAUUCACCGUCUGGCCCGACCACUGUGUCCAAAACACGCCCGGGGCCUCAUUGGAGCCGCGGUUUGACAAAGCGUUCCACAAUCUCCAACACGAAGUGCUAAUUGCCAACACGCAAAAAGGGUAUUUGAAGGACCGGGAAUACUACCUGUGCCUCAGCGAUUGCUGGAAAACGCACCACACGGAAUUGGAGGCGCUCUUAAAAGAGGCCGGCAUUUCCCACGUGGUGCUUGUAGGCUUGGCGUACGACUUUUGCGUGCUCCACUCGGCCAUUGACUUUGUCCAGUGUGGCUUUACCACUUACGUCGUGAGCGACUUAUCGCGGUCCGUGUUUCCCGAAAAGAAAACCGAAACCGACGGCUUGUAUGCCGACGCUGGAGUGGUUGUGUUGCACUCCGCCCUGGAUUUGCCUCGCGAGUUGUUCGAGUAA